CUGCUGAAAUAGUUGGACGACUGACAAACUGACGAACGUACUCCGCGAAACACACCGACUAGCCAUUUUCUCCAAUACAUUUUCGUAUUUCACUUUUUUUCUUUUUCUCUUAAAUUAAAAUACGUUGGUUAUAUUUUAAUCGUUGCAUGUUAGAGUUGUUUUGUUUUAUUUAUCUGUUGUUUUUAUCUUUCGAAUGACCUUUUUGUGAUUAUUUUGUUGGCACUUUGACUAUGAUUUUCGUAUGACACUCGAGUUGGUGGUUCAUUAUAAACUGAAACUAUGUGGACGCUGAAACUGUUGCAGUUGGCGACAGCCGCCGCAAUAAUUACAGUAUGUGGUGGUGCUCGUUUGUCGGCGCAGUUGCCUCCUACAACGACGACGGUGUCACUGACACCAUCGAUGUCUCCAGUGCCGCUCACCAUUCUGCAGGAGCAGCCGACGCAGCCGGUCCCUCCCGUCUGUGCCGACGCUAUUGAUGUCAACAACCCGCUAGGAAGGCUACGUAGCGCUAUGAGAAACUCCGCUUAUACACAAAUGAACGCAUUCUUUGAUGCUUUUGUUAUAUUCUAUACUGAUGAGCAUUUGAGCGAGGAGCCCCACAAAUCGGAACGGCGAUUAGAAUACGUCAGUGGGUGGGACGGGUCCGGCACGGGUGCCGUACUGGCAGACGGCGGCGCUGCCAUAUGGGUGCCGUCCGGCGACGUACGGCGAGCCAGGGCCACGCUCACCUGCGCAUGGCUGGUCAUCGAUGGUGAUGACCCUAGUCAGCCAACUAUAGCCGAAUGGAUUUCUGAGCGGUUAUCUCGCAGUGGUCGUGUGGGGGGUGACGCUCGCCUGACGUCGAUGGGCGAGUGGCAAGUGUUGUCCACAGCCCUACAGCGUGAGGGGCUGCAACUGGUGCACAUUCCGACUCUGGUUGACCAGCUUUGGAACGAAGAGCCUGACCCAGACCGCACUCGACCCGACUUCCCCAAAACUGUCGCCAAAAAUUAUGAAAUAGAGCACGCUGGUCUCAGUUGGCGUGACAAAGUGGCCCUGGUUCGAAGUGAGCUGCACGCCAUGGGAGCCGAUGCUAUGAUCGUGACGGCACUGGACGAAGUAGCUUGGUUGUUGAACGUGCGGGGAAGGGACCUGCCUUUUGCCAGAUUACUGAAAGCCUUCGUGUACAUCACCCUGCGCGAAGUCAAGGUGUUCGUGCCACCAGGAAAGCUCUCCGUGCAUGUACGGGACGCGCUCCUGUAUAACUGUUUUGGCAACAACUGCACCAAGGUAAAUGAGUAUACAAGCAUAUACUCAGAACUGCGACGGCUACCAGACACCAAGAUCCUGAUUCCUGCAGCGGGCACGUUCCAGCGCGGUGCGUCCGCGGCUAUAGCUCAGAGCGUUCCGCCUGCCAAGCGCAUGUUCCUGCUGUCUCCCAUCAUAUACCUGAAGGCCCAGAAGAACGAGGCUGAAGUGAAGGGAAUGAAAAAAGCUCACUUGUGGGAUGCCGUUGCCAUGUGCACUUUGCUCAGUUAUCUUGAGAGUAAAUCAGCACUAAGUGAAAUAUCAGUGGAGCGCACGGUGGAUAUAACCCGCGACACGCAGGCGGGUUACAUUGGACCUGCCAUGAAGACACGCGUCGCUUUUGGUGUAAACGCCGCAGAUCCCGACUACCGAGCGACGAAUGCCUCCAACAAACUUAUCACCAAGAAUGCCACGCUCGUUAUACAGUCUGGAGGACAGUACGAUGAGGGGACAACAAUAGUGACUCGUACAGUACACUAUGGAAUGCCAACACGCGAGGAAAAACGGGUGUACACGACGGUGAUGCGAUCCUUGGCAGCAAUAGCAGGGUUACGCAUCCCAUCCACGUUGCCCGCGGCUCACGUCGACCCAGUAGCUCGGGCCCCACUUUGGGCUGCCAAACAGGACUACCCCCAUCUUACUGGACAUGGAGUCGGCGCUGCCCUGUGUCGCAAAGAAGAUCCGGUUGUAAUUGACUACAGACAAGACACCAAUCUGCAUACGCUACGGGAAGGAUAUUUUAUUACAGCCGAACCAGGAUGGUAUGAGACUGGCAAAUACGGAGUGCGUUUAGGAAAUGUGCUGGAGGUGGUGUUGAGGCCGAACGGCUACUUAGGAUUCCAAGAGGCAACUCUCUUGCCGUACGAGCCGAAGUUAAUAGACAGGAGUAUGCUAACUGAGUAUGAGAUUUUAUGGUUGAAUGAUUACAAUGAUAGGAUAAGAAAGGAAGUCGGGCCAGAACUGAAGUCCCGGGGCCUCACCGACGUCUUAUACUGGAUGAUGAACAAGACUGUGCCCAUCGAACUGCCUUCUAAAGCCAAGAAACUAGUCAGUAGCUCCACUGAACACAGUGCGAAGAUCUCUGUACUUCUAAUAUCCAUUAUGUUAUUAUAUUUUGUGUAAUAAAAUUAAAUAACUAUCUUUAUACGAGCUGGAUAUAAUUAUGUAACUAUGUGUGUAAUCAUUAAUACCUAAUCGUUAUCCAGAUGAAAUUAUGUAAUCUUCUAAAAUUUUAAUCUCAUAUCAACGUUUGUACCUACUUUAAUACCUAAGAUAUUAUAGAAAAAUGUUACUUAUAAUACUUAGAGGAUACAGCUAAUGCUGAUAGAUAGCAAUUUAUAGUCAUAUAUUAAAAUUACUAAGUUGUUAUACUUAUAGUGCCUUUGUGAGUACGAAAGUCAUAUCCGAGAUGGUGCCUACUUACGCAAUGUUAGCAAUGUUGACGCUCUACGUGUUUGUAAUGUUUAGUAUGCUUGGUUUUGUGGUCAGGAACGUCGUCUCCGGGUAUAGCAUAUACAUAUUGUCUAGCUUGUCUUAGUAUUGGUCUAGUCUUAGAGUUCUUCUUUAAUGAAUACUAAUUAAGUUUUGAACAUUUUGAGCAUUCAUUGAUACAGAUAUUCAUGUAUUGACGGUUGAGAUUCCUGUGCCUUAUAAUUAACACGCACGAUAGCUUAAUCUAAUUAUGUUAUGAACGAAUGCAAAUAUUUUGACUUUGAUAUAAAAUUCCACUGGGUAGAUUAAAUUGUACGUAUUCAUUGACGUCAGUUCGUAAUGGGGUUAAUGUCAUUACAACCUUAAAUGCAGUCAAUAGAAACUGAAAAAUAAUUGCUAUUAUAUUUUCGUAAGGCGUCUAAGUCUAAUAAUAAUUUAUUUCAAUUAAUCCUUAACCUAGUCUUAUUGUUAACUUUCCUUUAUUUAUUUAUUUGUAAAAGUAUUAAGUACCUUAUAAGAAAUUUAAUUUAAUAUUUAAACUAGCACAGAGUGCCUUAUUGAAACGUAGUCUGUAAAAAUGCUAUGUAAUUUAGUAACUAACUUUAAGUACUAUUUAAAUGUAAAUAAGUUUCAUUUUUGUGUAAACGUUAACAGUAGGUGUUGUGUCGUCUUGACGAAAAAUUAUGAUAAUGUAUCAAAUUAAAAUUAAUGAAAGAAGCAAUGUUCUUGUGUCGUGUGCACUUCGUAUAGAGAUAACACUUACUUAUUGAUAUUCUUACUAAUUAUAAUUGUUGAUGCGUUACUGUGUUUAUUAGGCGACAAAUAAAGUAAAGUCAAAAUCAAAUAAUGUAUUCCAAUAAACCAUAAAUAUGUAAAGAAAUAAAUGAUAGUCGGUCGAUCUGUCAGUCAGUGAAGUUAAAAUUUGGAAUACAUGCAGGAAGAGGACAGAUCAUUUACCUAACUAAAAUGUGAUACGAUGCAUGCCCCAACCAGAAACACAGUACCAACAUUUAUUUUUUUUACGCCUAUUAUAUAUUAUAUUACAAUUGGGGAGGCCUAUGUCCAGCAGUGGACUGCUAUAGGCUGAUGAUGAUGAUGAUGAUAUAUUACAUAUUUUUCACUGCCAACCAAAAAGUAUUGUCGCCUAAUAAAACCCUUAUAUCUAAUGUUACUUAGGUGUGUGUGAACUAAUGUACUUACGUAUAGUUUCGCUUCACUGCCAACGAUGCAUAUCUACGUUAUGUACUAAUACUAUGCAAUCAAUAAAACAUAUAAUGAA